AUGGGAGUGUGUGUUCGUAGAGAGUGCCUACUUGCCCUGAAGAACCACUCAAAGGUGGGCGUUUUCGAGAGGACAGAAGUCGCUCGUAUAGGCAAUAUGCACUACCAAUUGGAGAGUCUUCUGUCAAAUCGGACCGACAAAGAAUCCUCAGCCGCGUUUCCCUUCCUAGACGGGGCUAUUAUGACGCUAAAAAAUCGUAACGCAUCGCUCAAUGUACUCAAAGAGGUCCUUGCCAGCAGCCAAAAGCAUUUGGAGGCCAGUGCUUGUUUUUCUAUAUGCGAGGAUUUGAGUAUCUGUCCUGGUGAGCUGCUGAGACGUUGUGGUAUAUACCCAAUGUCUCUGCCUACAAGCGAGGAGGAAGAUGUAAAUCGGCUUAUCGAAAAGCUCGGCCUCUCAAAGAAAGUAACGUCAGAAGCGCCAGCCUUGGUAGAGAUGACGUCGAAAGAGGUCAUCGCCAUAUCGCGACUUCAACGCUUCGGCCUAGGAGACACUCCAGAGGCUAAUGCAUUGUCCAUGACCAUAAUUUGCGGGCUUCAUGAUGUUCGAGCUGAUGUGGAGGCAUCAAUAGAGAAGAGUAUAAGCCUAAGAGAAGAAUACAUAACAGAUCGCAGACACCUUCGCUAUCUUCUCGUAGCUCCAGAGUUUGUGUCUCCAAUCGAACUUUUUAAUGAAAUCGCAGCUAUCUAUGCUGGCGAAACGAAAGCCACAGCUUCCCUUAAAAUCGGUAAGCAUUAA